GCUCAGACUCCGUCACCGAAUGAACUCGUGAAAAGUUGCAGCGGAGAAGAUCUUCGCCCCAAAACUCAAUUUCAAACUCACUCUCUCUCACUUUUGAAGAUCAAUCCAAUCAGCAAUUGUUGCACUUUCAGCUACCAAGAACCCUAGUUGUUUCUGUGCUCAUCUUCGUUUUCGUCUCUCGGGUACUCCAUCUCUAUACUUGUCCAUGGAUGGUAGUGCUGUUGGUAAUAGGACUACUCCAGCUGAAGAUGAUGAGAUCAGCCCUUGUAAUAUGCAAAUCUUGGAAUUUGAUAUAGAAGUUCCUUCUCUUGAUAAUGGACAAUCCAGUGACUUUUUAGAAGAGCAACUGAACUCAGUUGAGGUACCUGAACUUGGCAUGGAGUUUGAUUCUGAUGAUCAAGCAUACGAUUUUUAUUGUAGAUAUGCUAGACUGAAUGGGUUUGCUGUUAACAAUGGUAAGGUAAAUGGGGAUAUGGGACAAAGGAGGUUUACUUGUUCUAAAGGAGGUUUUAUGCAAAAAGAUGAUAGAGAUAUUAAUGGGAAGAAGCAUCAAAAUGAAACUAGAACCAGUUGCUUGGCGCAAAUGAUCAUUUCUCGUCAAGCCAAUGGGAAGUAUAUUAUUGCACAGUUCGAAGCUAACCAUAAUCAUGAGGUUGAAAUCUUAAAUAGGGCUAGUAGUUUACCGCCGCAGAGGAGUUCACCUGUUUCUCAAGAAGCUAAGAAUACUUUUGUGAAACAACAGAGAUCUGACUUUGAGUGUGUUGGAGGACAAGUUGAAGGUCAUGAGGAUUGUAGUUAUAUUCCUAUAGAUUGUAAAAGUUACUUACAUUCCAGAAGGAUGACAGAAAUGAAUGAAGUAGAGGCAAAUUGUUUGUUGGAUUAUCUUCACAGGCGGCAAUUAGAAGAUCCAUCUUUCUAUUAUGCAGUACAAUUUGACAUCAACAAUCACUUAACCAACAUAUUUUGGGCUGACACCCAAAUGAUGGUGGACUACGUCCACUUUGGUGAUGUGAUUUUCUUUGAUACAACUUACAGAACAAGCAAAAAUAGUCAGCCAUUUGCACCAUUUGUUGGUGUGAAUCAUCAUAUUCAGACAGUGUUCUUUGGUGCUGCACUUUUGUAUGAUGAAACAUUGGAAUCUUUUGAGUGGCUAUUUCGAACUUUUGUGGCUGCAAUGUCUGGACAAAAGCCAAAGAUUAUUCUCACAGAUGAAGAUGCAACCAUUGAUAAAGCAGUUAAAUCGGUGUUACCAGAAACAUGUCAUCAAAUAUGUGUUUGGCAGAUUUACCAGAAUGCUCUUAUAUACCUUAGCCAUGCAUUUAAUGGUCCAGGCUCUUUUGCCAAAGAUUUCAGUAGUUGCAUCUAUGAUUAUGAAGAUGAGGAAGACUUCAUUCAUGCAUGGAAGGAAAUGUUGACCAUGUACAAUCUUCAACAAAAUGAAUGGUUGAUGAAGAUAUAUAAGGAAAGGUCGAGAUGGGCUACUGCCUGUGCAAGUCAUGUGUUUUAUGCUGACGUGGAAGGCACACGACUAAGUGAAGGUUUCAGGAGAAGCUUCAAAGAUUACAUGAUGCCUAACCUCAACAUGUUGCAAUUUUUGGGGCACUUUGAAAGGGCAGUGGCUGACCAGCGUUGGAAAGAAUUGGAGGCAAGCUAUGACAUUUUUGAGCAGUUGCCAAUGUUGAUGGGAAAUGUGAUUAUGCUGAAGCAUGUGAGGGAUGUUUAUACACCAAAAGUUUUUGAAGUCUUUCAGCGAGAAUAUGAGAAGUGUCUGAAUCUCAUUGUUAACCAAUGUAAUUCAAGCACAUCAUUAUUUGAGUACAAGGUAAGCAUAUAUGGGCAAUCUCGAGCAUGCACGGUAAAAUUUAAUUCAUCAAAUGAUACAGUUGUUUGUAACUGUAUGAAGUUUGAGUUUGAUGGAAUUUUGUGUAGUCAUGCUAUAAAAGUGCUAGACCAAAGGAAUAUUAAAGUGGUUCCAACUCAAUACAUAUUGAAGAGGUGGACAAAAGAUGCAAGGGUUGGAAGUUUAACAGACAAUUAUAGAUGCAUCGUACAAGAGGACCAAAUGCUGUCUGCAGCAAACCUUUUCAAAAUGUUAUGCUGUAAGGCAGCUAGAAUAGCAACUAUGGCUUCUGAAUCCGAAGAAGCUUAUCAACAUGUCAAAGGACGGUUUGAUUAUAUGAUGCAAGUGCUAGAAAACAUCUCCAAGAUAAAGCCAUAUAAGAGUACUCAGCCUGCAGACGACUCUGGACUUGUUGAUGAGAGAGAAGAACUGUCUCUUGGAGAUGAAAAUGAUUCAGCUAGAAAUUCUUCAAUGGCCACAUACAAUCUUAACAUCUCAAGCAACCUUGUAAAUUCGGCUGAACUUUUGAUGCUGCACAAUGAUGACAUAAUGAGAAAAACUCCUGAAAGGAGUUCUGGGCUGGAGACCAUCUCCACCAGGAAGAUGUGCACAGCAUGCAAGUCCACAGUGUCCUCAACAUGGCGAUAUGGCCCGAAGGGCCCAAGGACCCUUUGCAAUGCUUGCGGACUCCGAUACAAGAAGGAACAUAUGAAGCUACGGGAAACUGCACUACCCCUUUCAAAACCCAGUUGUGAUCUAGCAAAAAGAAGAAAAUCCUCUACAAAAGAGUUCUAAAUCAUUCCUGUAUAUUCAAAUGACACUUUUUCCUUUUAAACUGCUUUUCUAAUGACUUUAUAAAAUUUGCUCUCUCUCUCUGAUUUUUGUUAA